AUGGCCAAUUACGGACCUUCAUAUGGAUCUCUAGCUGAAAAUCAAGCAAAGAUUGCUGGAAAACGUAGUGUAGACUUAGAUCAAGAAGCACAACAAUGGAUUGAAGCUGUCAUCGGAGAGAAAUUUCCAAAAUGUUCUUAUGAAGAUGCACUUAAAGAUGGUAUUCUCUUGUGCAAAUUAAUCAAUAAACUUCAACCGGGUUCAGUUGCAAAGAUUUGUACAUCAGGUGGAGGUUUUAAAUUACGUGAAAAUGUAUCGGCUUUUCAAACUGCUGCACGCGCUUAUGGUCUACCGGAUUCGGAACUUUUUCAAACCGUAGAUUUAUUUGAAAAACGCAAUAUUCCUCAAGUAACGCAAUGCAUUCAUGCAUUAGGUCGACAUGCACAAAAAAAGAAAUUCGAUGGACCCACACUUGGACCUAAAAUGUCCGAUUCACAUCAACGUGAAUUCACUGAAGAACAACUACGUGCUGGACAAGGCAUGAUUGGUUUACUCAAUGAAGGCAUGAAUAAAGGUGCAAAUCAAACUGGCCAAAAUUUUGGUUUAUCACGUCAUAUUUAA